UUCCAAGAGAACAAAUUUGCCCGUUGCAGAAGACUAAGCGGAUCGCAUGGAGUGUAUUUUGAAUCGUGUCGUAAGGCAAAGAAUUCGACACCUUGAGCGACUGGCUCCUGGAAGGAUCCAUGCGACCCGUACAUUGGAAACUAAGCCGACGGAGCAAAUCCAGAAAGCGGGCCAUCCACGAGUGCGGCAAGUGUCGCGCUUGCUUCUUCCACAUGACCAAGCUGGUGGAGCACUUGAAGAACGUCCAUGGAAUCGAACGAGCUUUCACAUGCGAUCAAUGUGGACAAGCUUUUCGUAGUCCAAUGAACAUCGCGAGGCACAAACUUAUCCACACGGGAGUCAAGAGUUUCGUAUGCGACAUAUGCAGUUACGCCUGCAAUCAGAAGACGAACCUAGACUACCACAAAAAGAGGCACGCACGGGAGUAUUCAUACAGGUGCGAUCUCUGCGACAAGGGUUUCUUGGCCAGGUCGGAAUUUCUGGAGCAUCGGGACGCCGCCCACAUGGGUCGCAAGCCUCACCGAUGCGACCAUUGCGACAAGUCUUACCCGUACAAGAGCAACCUCAAUGUCCACGUAAGACUUCGGCAUCCGGAGCACGUGCACCUUCCUCUCUCGAGGAAGACAAAAGGCGAGAGGCACCAAUGCGACGUCUGCUCGGAAACCUUCCCGUACAAGCGGCUGCUCGAGCGGCACUCGAAGGCGAGUCACGGUGUCUCGAAGAAUGAGCGGAAUUUCCUCUGCGAGCUCUGUGGCACUCGACUCUCCUCGAGGAGCAUCCUCCUGGCUCACAGAAGGACUCACACGGGCGAGAGGCCGAUCGUUUGCGAAACGUGCGGCAAGGGCUUCGUCACCAGGGAGAAUCUCAGGAUUCAUCGACGCACCCAUACUGGCGAGAAACCACACAUCUGCGUCCAUUGCGGAAAGGGAUUUACGCAAAGGACCUCGCUCGUCCUUCAUCUAAGAUAUCACACGGGCCAGCGGCCUUAUUGUUGCAUCACGUGCGGGAAAGGAUUCGUCUCGGGCACCUUCCUCAAAAAUCAUCAGAAGAAGAUCCAUUCUCUCGCUGCCUGAGCCCUCGCUGUCCUGUCUCUCCUCCUCUUUCCCAGAUUCCCAUCCACCGGCAUCGUCAUCCCGCGGUAGUCGAUGCCAGUCUUCUAAUUUUUAACUUCCUUCUGGUAGUAUAACUGAUUAAUCGUACUCACUCUAUAAGUAGUCGCUGUAUAAUAAAGUACUCUACGAGUUGCGAGAAAAGAAAACUCAUGUAUGUAGUGUAUCAGUCUCCAAGAUUCGUGUUGAAACGGUUCCUUUAAUGCUUUCAUUCGACAUCGCUCGACUCGAUCAUCGCCUGCUGUCCCUGCGUACCGAUGUGCCUUGACCAAUGAGAUCACAUAUG